CCAAASUGGGGACAGGGUUGGGCGCGGGUUGUGGGGGCGAGCACUGUCAACGCCUUCGCUUCGUGCUGUAACACGCCCCGGUCCCGCCAUCCCUUCCUAAAAGGCACGGCUGCRGGGUGUCGCCAGCACAGACGGUGAGAGCACGGCGACCAGGCGGAGGUGGGCAAAGGAGAGGCAGAGGACAAGGGGUAAAGGGGUGCCAAGGCUUCCCUUUGCUGGCUGGGCUUUGCCCGCGGGUCUCCUGUAGCACCGGCGUGUCCCCACAAGAGGGGACGCGACCCGCGUUGUGCCCUCGCAGGGGUAGGCACCCGCAGCACCAUGAACCGGAUCACGGUGUACGAGCGUGCCGACUUUGAGGGGCUGAGCCGAGAGUUCACCUGCGAUGUGCCUGACCUGCAUGAGCUGGAUUUUGGGAAYUGCAUCGCUUCCCUGAAGGUGGAGGGGCAGCCAUGGAUUGCCUACACGGACCCCAAAUACGAGGGGGAGUCGCACGCCUUUGAGGAGGGCGAGUACCCCUCUGUGGAUCGGCCAAACAGCUUCUCGGCACUGCGCCUCGUGCACCAUGACCUGGGGGAMCCCCAGAUCACCCUCUACGAGCACCCCAAUUUCCAAGGCGCCUGCAAGGUGGUGACCGAGGAGACCAACUUGGCAUAUGGGUAUUUCAACGACCGGGUGGCUUCUCACGUGGUGCAGCGAGGCGUCUGGCUGCUCUAUCAGCACCCUCACCGCGGUGGCUGGCACUGCCUGGCAUGGCCCGGCGAGCGUCUCGCUGACUACAAACUGGAGCUGAACUUUCAGUCUCGGCUGUCCCACCUGCGCCCGCUCCGGCCCGGGCGGCCCCUGGUCUCAGCACGAAUCCUUUGGGAGCAGAAGCGGGUGGAGGAGGAGCGGGAGGUGCUGGUGGAUGAGAUCGAGGGGGUGAACGAGACGGAGUCGGAGCAGGCGCUGGCGGCCAGCAGCAGCCGGGAGUACGGCACCACACUCUGGCAGAGCUUCCACUUCAGCAAUGCCACCAGCCUCAAAGCCGGGCUGUCCUUCACGCUGACCGUGGAAGCCUCCAACAUCUUCACGGUACAGAAAGGGCGCAGCGAAACCAGCACUCGCAGGCAGCGCGUGGAGGUGCAGCUGCCGGCGAAAAUUCCCCCGCGCACAGCGCUCAGCAUUCAAGUSCUGCGGAAGGAGGUGACUCUCUCUGUCCCGGUCCUGCUCACCAUCACCCAGAACGAGAACGUUCGUACGGAGAUGGGCGAGUACCGCAGCGUCUCGGGUACCAAUGUCAGUGCCCGCUAUAGCUUGAAGCCWCUGCCAGCCAAGGGCAGGGAGCAGGCAGCCRCCACGGGGACAGACACAGUGCCUGGCACCGGGACGGAGCUAUAGCUCUGUGCUGGUGCCAAGCAAUGGCCGUCCCCUCCAUGGUGUGGGACUCACGGUGACACCAGCGUUGACUCCAGCAUCCACCCAUGGAGGAGCCAGGAACUGCCCUGUUUGGUUGUGUCCGGUGGCUCUGGCUGGCAGGACCUGCCGGCGCCUCCUCCCAUCCGGUAUUUCCAAUAAACCCCCUUCCCCAACCACUGCAGUCUGCUGCUACC